UGUAUCGGCCGAGCGUCGGCGAGAGGCAACGGAUCGUCGUUGGCGCGAGUGAUAUAUUUCGUCCGUGUGGUAGACGGCUCCGUCGAGGAUAGUGACGUUCUCUAGUCCAAGGCGAUGGUACGAUGACCGCUCUCAAGUGUCUCGUGUAUGCGCUCGUUGUAGCGUCAGGCACGCUCGCCGCGUACCCCUAUGACGAGGAGUGCAAUCUUCCUCUUUUGGAUAGAGCUCAUCUAACAGCUACCUCUUCCUUGCCUGAGAGAGGCCCAAAGAAUGCCAGGUUAAAUGGAGAUUCCACGUGGUCACCAGAACUUAGCAGUUACAAUCAACAUCUUACUAUGGAGCUGGGGGACAGAUAUGAGAUACGGAGCGUUGCUACGCGAGGGCGGGCGCAUACUAAUGAAUACGUGACAGAAUAUAUUAUCCAAUAUUCCGAUGAUGGUCAAGCUUGGGCCAGUUAUGAAAGCGAGGAUGGCGUAGAUGAGAUGUUUAAAGGUAAUGUAGAUGGGGACAACAUAACACUUAAUAGAUUUAAGGUACCGAUAAUCGCACAAUGGAUUCGAAUAAACCCGACGCGAUGGAGAGACCGAAUAUCCCUGAGGAUUGAAGUCUACGGAUGCGACUAUGUGUCCGACGUUGUUGCAUUUAACGGAUCGUCUCUUAUACGCAUGGAUUUACUCAGGGAUCCCAUCGAGACUGACAGACAUCGCCUACGUUUCCGCUUUAAGACGAAUAAUGCCGACGGCGUAUUAAUGUAUUCUCGCGGUACGCAAGGUGACUAUAUAGCCUUGCAACUGCGCGACAAUAGAAUGCUGCUCAAUAUCGAUCUCGGAUCCGGUAUUAUGACCAGCCUUUCCGUCGGCAGUCUUCUAGACGACAAUAUGUGGCACGAUGUUUCCAUUGACCGCAACAGAAAAGACAUUUUGUUUUCCGUCGAUAGAGUACUCAUUAAUGGUAGAAUAAAAGGAGAAUUCCACCGAUUGGACUUGAAUCGAGAGCUCUACAUCGGUGGUGUGCCCAAUAUGCAGGAAGGUCUGAUGGUGAACCAAAAUUUCACCGGCUGUAUAGAAAACUUUUACUUAAACCAUACGAAUAUAAUCAGCGAGCUGAAAGAGAUGGAAAUAUCGGAUGAGAAUCUGAGAUAUUACAAGAUCCAUACGCUCUACACUUGUCCGGAGCCACCGAUAAUACCGGUGACAUUCUUAACUCCUGGAUCCUACGCCAGAUUGAGAGGAUACGAUAAUGUACGGACGAUGAACGUUUCUCUCGCGUUCCGGACGUACGAAGAGCGAGGGAUCAUUCUUUACCAUCAGUUCGCGUCUCCAGGUUUCGUCAAGUUAUUCCUGGAGGAGGGCAAACUGAAGAUCGAAAUAAAAACCAACGAUAAUCCAUGGACGAAACUGGACAAUUUCUAUGAGAAAUUUAACGACGGUAAAUGGCAUCAGGUGAUUCUGACGAUUCAACAGAAUUCUCUCAUUUUAAAUGUAGAUGGAAGGCCGAUGAAAACAAAACGGCUGCUGAGCAUAGCGACUGGAAGGUUUUACAUGAUCGGCGGUAUGAUCGGAGAGGGGAGCAAUUAUGGUUUUGUCGGUUGCAUGAGGAUGAUAAGUGUCGACGGUAAUUACAAAUUACCGACCGAUUGGAAAGAGGACGAAUACUGCUGCAAGAACGAGAUGGUAUUCGACACUUGUCGGAUGGUGGAUCGUUGUAACCCGAAUCCUUGCAAGCACUCCGGAGUUUGCCGGCAAAAUUCUGAUGAAUUCUUCUGCGAUUGUGCCAACACCGGAUAUACGGGUGCCGUUUGUCACACCUCACUGAAUCCUCUCUCGUGCGAGGCGUAUAAGAAUAUAAAUGCGGUCAAUCGACGGCAGGAUAUUAAAAUCGACGUCGAUGGAAGCGGGCCGUUGAAACCGUUCCCGGUUGUCUGCAAAUUCUCUGCCGACGGCAACGUAGAAACAAUUGUACAUCACAGCAAUGAGAAUGAAACACCUGUUGACGGAUUCGAGGAGCCCGGCAGCUUCAUCCAGGAUAUCAAAUACGACGCUGACAUGGAUCAGAUAGAAGCUUUGUUAAAUCGCUCCACCAGCUGUAAUCAGAGAAUCAGUUAUAGAUGCAAGCGUUCCAGGUUAUUUAACUCGCCAGUUUCUCCAGGCGAAUAUUUCCGACCGAAUUCCUGGUGGGUCAGCCGGCAGAAUCAAAAGAUGGAUUACUGGGGCGGUGCGCUGCCCGGCUCGCGAAAAUGCGAUUGCGGUAUAGAAGGAAGCUGCACGGAUCAUACCAAGUGGUGCAACUGCGACGCUAAUUUGGACACCUGGAUGGAAGACAGCGGCGACAUUACGGAGAAAGAGUAUCUUCCCGUGAAACAGUUACGUUUCGGCGACACGGGCACACCGAUCGAUGAUAAAGAGGGCGCCUAUACGCUAGGUCCGCUUAUCUGCGAAGGUGACGGCUUGUUCAAGAACGUAGUGACGUUCCGUAUAGUGGACGCCACCAUCAAUCUACCGACGUUCGAUAUCGGCCACAGUGGUGAUAUUUACUUCGAGUUCAAAACCACCAUCGAAGACGCCGUGAUGAUCCACAGUAGAGGACCGACCGACUACAUUAAGAUUUCCAUAAACAGCGGAAACCAGAUACACUUCCAAUACGUGGCUGGUGGUGGUCCGCUGACGGUGAGCGUGCAGACGUCCUACAACUUGGCCGACAACAAGUGGCACUCCGUGUCGGUGGAGAGAAAUCGCAAGGAGGCCCGAAUCGUCCUCGACGGGGCGCUGAAGAACGAGGUGCGAGAGCCACCGGGUCCGGUGCGAGCGAUUCACCUCACCUCGGAUCUCGUGGUGGGUGCCACGACCGAUUACAGGGACGGUUAUGUCGGCUGCAUACGAUCUCUGCUUCUGAACGGCCAACUGCAAGACCUGAGAAGUCACGCCCGCCGCGGAUUGUACGGCGUUACGGAAGACUGCGUCGGCAGAUGCGAGAGCAGCCCUUGUCUGAACAACGGCACGUGUCAUGAAAGGUACGACGGCUACUGGUGCGACUGCAGGUGGACCGCGUUUAAAGGACCGAUCUGUGCGGACGAGAUUGGUGUAAACAUGCGACCGAGUUCGAUGAUAAAGUACGAUUUCAUGGGCAGCUGGCGCUCCACCAUCGCCGAAAAGAUACGCGUCGGCUUCACCACGACGAAUCCGAAAGGAUUUUUGUUGGGUCUUUUCUCCAACAUCUCAGGAGAGUACAUGACCAUAAUGGUCUCCAACAGCGGACAUUUACGAGUGGUGUUUGACUUCGGCUUCGAACGACAGGAGGUCAUAUUCCCGUACAAGCACUUUGGCUUGGGACAGUAUCACGACAUCAGGAUCGGUAGGAAGAAUUCGGGCUCGGUUUUGACCAUGCAGGUUGACAAUUAUGAGCCGAGGGAGUUCCACUUCAACAUCAAGGCCUCCGCGGACGCGCAAUUCAACAACAUUCAAUACAUGUACAUUGGUAAGAACGAAUCUAUGACAGAAGGAUUCGCGGGCUGCAUAUCACGAGUCGAGUUCGACGAUAUAUACCCGCUGAAGCUGCUCUUCCAAGAAAACGGACCCGCGAACGUGCGCUCGCUCGGUACUGCGUUAACCGAGGACUUUUGCGGGGUCGAGCCGAUCACGCAUCCACCGGAUAUCCUGGAGACGCGCCCGCCGCCGAUAGUGGACGAGAAUAAACUGCGAGCAGCGUACAAUGAGACCGACACGGCCAUUUUAGGGAGCGUACUGGCGGUCAUUCUCAUUGCGCUUGUGAUCAUGGCGAUCCUCAUAGGUAGAUAUAUGUCUAGGCAUAAGGGCGAAUAUCUGACGCAGGAGGACAAGGGUGCGGAGAUAGCCUUGGACCCGGAUUCGGCAGUCGUCCAUUCCACCACUGGCCAUCAAGUACAGAAAAAGAAAGAAUGGUUCAUCUAAAACGCGUGCGGAUGUAUUGAAGUUGAAUUAAUUCUGGUCUUAUUUUGUCAAUUUUUUUAUCUUUAUCUUAAAGAUUUAAAGAAAUAGCUAAAUUUAUAUCAGUUCAAACAUUUCCCGCCGUUAGACGAUUAGACUUUUUCCCAUCUUUCUAGCAACAUAGAUUCCGUGAUGACGAUAGGACGAUCUGUCUUUCGAAGGAAACCAAUCGGACACUCAUUUUUGCACAUUCUGUAAUUAUUGUAUCUGUAAGCGUGUAUCUGCCUGGCAAGCAAAGACAUGGCGAUAUUCAAACGAUUUGCAAUGACACUUUUACUCAAUUCAUGUGGAAGCCAUUUGCCUUCCUUUUGAAUUCUUCCCAUGGCGUGUAGGCGUUUAGAAAUUGUUGAUUUAUCGACGUUGAGUUGUUCAGCCAAUUGUUUUUCCGUUUGAGCGGUGUUUUCAUUCAAUAAUGCUUGCAAUUCAGAAUCUUCGAAUUUUUUCGGUUGACCAAUACUUUUGAAUCAUUGAAAUGAAAAUUUACAGUUGGAACGCGAUGGAACUUGAUCACCAAUAAGUUGUAACAAGCAUUUUACGAGCUACAGUUGCCGAUUUUUUCAAAUCAAACGAAAAGAGUAAUGAAUGUCGAAGAUGCAAUUUCGUACGAUUCAUUUUAGACGCGUAUAAACAACGAAACUAUAAGUGACAAUAGCGCGCAAACUGUCGUACGUCAUAGAGAAAUGUCAAAUCUUUCAGUGUUGCCAGAUUUCAACAUUUUCGUACUAACCAUUAAUUUGUUACUGAAGCCAUCAAUUUUGCUAGGGACCAGAACUAAUUCAAUGUUCUAAUAUGUUUCCCGCUAAGAGCUACGCAAACGUUGGAGAGGAGUAAUGAGUAAGCAUUAACUUAAUCUAGAUCUAUUGCAUAAACUGUCUUGUAAGAAUGCUGUCUCUUUAGUUCCGUUUGGAUAUUAUUUCUUCGUGUAUGUUAUAAUUUUGAAUCGAGAAGAGACAAACGGAUAUCAUUUUCCGAGACUGCCAUUCCGCAUAGUUUCUUAACGCAUUUCUCUCGCCUUGGCGACAACAACGUGACUGCCGAAAUCUCACGAAUCUUCGAAACUUGUGGUUAUAAUGAUUGAUGGACGAUAUUCUUGCAUCCUCUGGUACGUUCGGUUACGUUCAUUGUGUCAACGAGAUAAAAAAUAGAAGAAAUAAAGGUGACUCAUAAUACAA